GGCCGGAAGGCGGCGGCGGCUCCGCCCGGGUGGCGGCAUGGCGGGCUGGGGGCGGCUGGCCCGGCUCGGCGGGCGCCUCUGGGCCGCGGCGGCGCCGGCUCCCGCUCCCGGACACAGGGGUCAGCUGGGCUUUGUAGUCAGACACAUCAACAGUUCAACAUGGUGGCACGAGCAUCUUUCUGAAGAGAAUGUGGAGUUCCUCAAGAAGAUAACUGCAGAGGAGUACAAAGCUCAGACAACCAGCAAGCUGUGCCCUCUGAAAGAUGAGCCAUGGCCACUGAAUAAGUGGACACCAGAUUCCAUCAGAGUUGGUGUUGUUGCAGUAAAACUGGGAAUGAUGCCAAUAUGGACCAAAUCAGGAGAAAAACAUGCUGUCACACUACUUAAGGUCCAAGAUUGCCAUGUUUUAAGAUAUGUUUCAAAAGAAGAGUCAGGUGGAAAAACAGCUAAGCUGCUGGUUGGAGGCAAAAAUGUAUCUCCUUUUUCUAAACCAGAGUCUGCACAUGAAAUUUUUAAAGAAGCUGGAGUGCCACGGAAGCAGAAGGUUACAACAUUUAAUGUAACAGAUGAUGCCAUAAUUAAGCCAGGUACUCCUUUGUAUGCUGCUCACUUCCGCCCCGGGCAGUUUGUGGAUGUUACUGCAAAAACAAUUGGUAAAGGAUUUCAAGGUGUCAUGAAAAGGUGGGGAUUUAAAGGUCAGCCUGCAAGCCACGGCCAGACAAAAACUCACAGAAGACCUGGAGCAAUAUCUACCAAUAAAGCUGCCAAAGUUUAUCGUGGAAAGAAAAUGCCUGGUAAAAUGGGUAACAUCUACAGGACAUCUUUUGGAUUAAAGGUUUGGAGGAUCAAUACAAAACAUGACAUUAUUUAUGUAAAUGGGUCUGUUCCAGGUCACACCAAUUGUCUGGUGAAGGUCAGAGAUAGCAAAUUGCCUACUUACAAGGACUGCAAUAAAAACCCUCCAUUCCCUACAUUUUUUGCUGAUGGAGAUGAAGAACUGCCAGAAGACCUUUUUGAUGAGGAGAUUUUCCAGUUCACAGAUCCAUCUGUCAAAUUCGCAUAAUGUUCCUCGCAUCUUUGCAAACACAGUUUUGUUAUUUUCAUGUACAUUGCAAUGCUGUAUAAAAAUAAGCCUAUGAACUGCAGUCUGGCCAACUGACUUAAAUACUUCAGGUAUUGUCAUUUUGGUCAGGUAAUCAGAUUUCCCACUGUCAGUCUCAAACCUGUACUUAAAGCAACAGGUGUGUCUGAGGGACAGGUUGUAAAGCACACCAAACUGUGUGUCUUCAGUGACCUUUUGUCCUCUGCCCCAGGCUGUGAAAACCUACACAAUCCUGAAAAGCUGUUUUUUUGAAGAUGGUUCCAGUUCAUUUUCUGAAUGUGAGCAAAUUCCAUUUUUCUUUUAUGUGAAGUGUACUGGGCAUCUCUGAUCAAAUCAGAAAAAGGUUCCAAAUUUGCCUUGGCAUCUGAGGUGGGAAGGGAUCCAUGAAAAAUUAUCCAAAAUAAACCAAGAAAAUGCGUGAGCAUUGUUUUGCAGAA